CCUGGAGGCGCCUACGAUUACACGCUUAGCAUUGUUGAACAAAACGUUAUUGUUGCGGGACGUAUUGACCAUAGUGACCGCAGCGAACCGUCGUGGCCCCGAUCGAAGUUUUUCGCGCGUUCCACCGAAGCUGAUUCGGGGACGGUAACGAGAGUAACGGUACGCCGCGUGUAUUCAGGAAUCUGAUAGCCGUGGCCGAGAAGGGCAAGAAACCGUCCAUCGCGAUCUACAACCUGAAGAAUCUGAAACACGUGCGGCAAUUGACCGUGCAUACCGAAAUCAAUGCCAAAAGUUUCAUAAAAAUCAAGUUCUCCUACAACGACGUGUUCCUGGCCGCGCUGUCCGACUACCCGGACUACAUCAUGUACUAUUUCGACUGGAACCAGUCGAAAGUCGAGAGCCACAUGCAAGUCGUCCUGGCCCCGGACACCGCGGGGCUCGUGCACGAAAUGUCGUUGAACCCGGUCAAGAAUUGGCUGUGCUGUUUCGUUGGCACCGGACUUUUCCGUCUGGUGGCCAUGGAGGAGCUGGUGUGGAAGCAGUACGGGUUUCACAAGGCGAAAAAGUUCGAUUUCACCGCGGCGUGUUGGCUGAACGGAGACAGCGUGAUGGCGGGCACCGCGGACGGCCGGCUGUUCCUGUUCGACAGCGGCGAACUGAAGGCGGUGUACGACGCGAUGGCGGUCGCGGAGUUUGACGUGGGCAUCGCGGACCCGGACCCAUUGGUGACGGCACGGAUACCGACCGGGCGGCUCGCGGCCAUCCGGCACUGCACGGCCGUCAAGAGAGGUCUGUUGUUCGUCGUGGACGGUGACCAGGUGCACUAUUACAAGCGGACGGCCGGUCACAGUUACACGAGAAGCGUCGUGUUCCGGUUACGCGGCCAGGACCACAGGGACGGAUCGCGCGCCGGGGCCAUAAUCGCUCUGUCCGUCAGCCCGAAGAACAAACGUCUGGCGUGCGUCACCGAAGACGCGAGACUCUAUUUGGCGCACACCGUCGAAACGUCCGGGUUGACCGACGUGUUCGUCGACCCGUACGGCGCGACGUUGCACGCGGGUGGCGUGUGCGGGCUGUCCGUCAGCGACCUGAUGCCGAUGUUCAUGACGUGCGGCAGGGUGGACCGAACUGUGAAGCUGUGGGACUAUCAGCAGUGCGAGCUGCUGCUAACCGAACGGUACGCGGAGGACGUGCUGGACGUGUCGCUGCACCCGUCCGGGCUGUACGCGCUGGUGGCGUUCGCGCGGUCCGUCACGUUCAACGUCGUGUCCCGCACGGACGGGCUGGUGCCGCGCCGGACGUUCGGCGCGGAAGACUGCCGCGGCACGCGGUUCAGCGGUUCCGGGCACAUGUUCGCCGUGACCGACGGCACCUCGGUGGACGUCUACUGUUCGGUCACGUUCGCCAAAUGUUUCAAGCUCAACGGCCACCAAAGCGCGUCCCUAAUUUCCGGGCUAUCUCGAAAAUUCCAGAACCGGGAUGGAUCAUCCCUUUCCCCCCUUGUCGUCAGGCCUGCGGUUACCACUUUGAUCACAGAUCUGGUGUGGGCCGCAAACGACUGGAAGCUGUACACGUGUGACGGCGACGGUGGACUGUGUCGGUUCAACUUGUACACCGACCAGCAUAUUACCGACAUGGUGUUUCGUGGUCAAAGCAUUUGCGGCCUAGCCGUGUCGGACAACCUGAAAGAAAUCUAUACGGUCGCGCAGGACAGCAGCGUCCGAGAGAUAUACGGUCGAAUGGUGAUUCGCAAUAAAGAUCUAAAUCACGGCUCGUUAAAUGGUAUAAUUUUGUUCAAAUCGAAUAAAAUGCUGUUAGUGGCAGGCCAGUAUGGUGUCAUACUGUCGUUGCCGUUGCCGUUAAAAUCUAAAAUCAACUACAAAGAGUUUUACAUUCACAACAAAACAAUAUUGAAGAUGAGACUGUCAACAGAUGACGCUUCAUUGAUCACGUGCUCUGCAGACGAUAGUAUUUGUAUAUGGAGGGUGAAGAAUUCAAAUUUCUUCCACACGAACACAACGUUUAUGGAGAACACAUUGGUCUCGUUUAACUUUUUGAAAAAUAAGAUCGAUAGAACCAAAGAAUUAGAAUUGAAAUUAGAAAAAUUGACGAAAAAGAAAGAGCGCGAUAAACUUAAACUUAUCAAAAAUCAAGAAAUGUGGUUAAAAGUUGUGCAUGACCAAUAUGCUUUGGAUAUGAAACGAAUCGAAAAUGAGAAAAAAGAAAUAUUGGCUAUGUUUCAUGCUGAUAAAGCACGUUUGGAAAACGAAAUAAGCACGCUAAAAGAAAACCACGAGCGAGAUUGGAUAACGUCGAAGGAAAAUUAUGAAAAGCAGCUUUCAUACGAAGAUGAUAAAUAUGAACAGUUGAUAAAAGACGCGUCUAAUAGCGAUGCAGAUUUCAAAAAUGAAGGAGAAAUGAUUACAACGGAACAUCAAAAAGUCAUUCAGAAGUUGACCGAUGACUUUAAUAGAGAUGUUAAAGCAAUGGAAGAUAAGUUUGAAAAAUUUAAAGGGCAAUUAAAAAAAGAAUGGGAUCAAAUGUAUUUGAAAAUGAAUGAAUACGACGACCAAGGUGAUCGGGAAAUGUUAGAGUUAAAAAUGUAUUAUGAUACAAAAUUUCGAAAAUUGUCUGCUGAAAUAAAACAAUCUCAGGUGUUCAUCAAAGAUUAUAAGAAGAAACUUAUAAAUAUUGGGAAAAAAAAUGAAGAAUUACAUUAUAUGUUAGAUAAAUUCAAAGAAGAUAUGGAAGUAUCGAAAACUGAAAAGAAAAAUUUAAUGGAGACGGUUACGGAAACAGUAGCGAAAAUAAAUAAGUACAUUCAAUUAAAAUCUGAACAAAAUGAUAUCAUUAACAGCAGGAAAUCGGAUAUGGAAAAUAUGAAAAUACUGGUAUUAAUUUUGGGAAGAAAUGAGAUCGAAUUGAGAAGUACUAUUAAUUCAUUGAAGUUAACACUAAAGGAAAAUAAAAUAAAUAUGCUGGACAUAGAAGAAGAACUGUGCUUCGUCAAAACGGAGUUUAGGGAAAUGAAAGUGGACUACAUCGCCCAGGAAGAUAAGAUAACGGUGAUCUCGAACGAAUUGGCCAGUGCGAGGGACUACCACGAAUCACAGAACGCGGUCAUCGGGUACGUGGUCUUCAACAUACAGAUCAUUUUUAAAACGUACUCGAACAACGAAGUGAAACUGAAAGAUUCCGUCCGGGAACUGCACCGCAACUUCGUGAACAUGGGUCUGACGGCGUAUCUGAACACGGACUUGACCAGGAAGAUAAUGUUUUUGGAAAAAUGUUUGGCCCGUCUGAAAAUCGAGAAAACCGCGGCCGAGCGGAAGCCCCCGUCGUAUCUGAAGUUAACCAAGGACAACAUAGUGCUGGUUGAAGAGAUCAACAAGCUGAAAAAGGAAUUGGUUUUUAGCAGGGUCAAUGUUCAGAAUCUGGAAUGCGAAGUGGCGAAGAAAAUGCGGGACAACGAUCCGAAGAAAAAGCACUAGCCGACGCGAAACGUAAUUUUUUUUAUUUCACUCGCAUAACUAUCGAAACGCAUGAGCAUUACCGUCUUGGAAUUAUUAUA